CGUUGACCCCCUCAUCCCCACCCCCGUGGGAACGUUCGGAGCCUGCACUCUUCAGACCCUCUGGGCUCUUCUUCCCUCACCUCAGCCCCCUUUCCCCGCCCUCUUCCCGGCCCAGGGCGCCGGCCGACCCUUUCCUCCGCCGCCCCCCGGCCGCGGGGAGGACAUGGCCGCGCACAGGCCGGUGGAAUGGGUCCAGGCCGUGGUCAGCCGCUUCGACGAGCAGCUUCCAAUAAAAACAGGACAGCAGAAUACUCACACCAAAGUCAGUACUGAACACAACAAGGAAUGUUUAAUCAAUAUUUCCAAAUACAAAUUUUCUUUGGUUGUAAGUGGCCUCACUACUAUCUUAAAGAAUGUUAACAAUAUGAGAAUAUUCGGAGAAGCUGCUGAAAAAAAUUUAUAUCUCUCUCAGUUGAUUAUAUUGGAUACACUGGAAAAAUGUCUUGCUGGGCAACCAAAGGACACAAUGAGAUUAGAUGAAACGAUGCUGGUCAAACAGUUGCUGCCAGAAAUCUGCCAUUUUCUUCACACCUGUCGUGAAGGAAACCAACAUGCAGCUGAACUUCGGAAUUCUGCCUCUGGGGUUUUAUUUUCCCUCAGUUGCAACAACUUUAAUGCAGUCUUUAGUCGAAUUUCUACCAGGUUACAGGAAUUGACUGUUUGUUCAGAAGACAAUGUGGAUGUUCAUGAUAUAGAAUUAUUACAGUAUAUUAAUGUGGAUUGUACAAAAUUAAAACGACUCCUAAAGGAAACAGCAUUUAAAUUUAAAGCCUUAAAGAAGGUUGCACAGUUAGCAGUUAUAAAUAGCCUAGAAAAGGCAUUUUGGAACUGGGUAGAAAACUACCCAGAUGAAUUUACAAAGCUAUACCAGAUUCCACAGACUGAUAUGGCUGAGUGUGCAGAAAAGCUAUUUGACCUGGUGGAUGGUUUUGCUGAAAGCACCAAACGUAAAGCAGCAGUUUGGCCGCUACAAAUCAUUCUCCUUAUCUUGUGUCCAGAAAUAAUCCAGGAUAUAUCCAAUAUAUCCAAGGAAGUAGUUGAUGAAAGCAACAUGAAUAAGAAGUUGUUUCUGGACAGUCUGCGCAAAGCACUUGCUGGUCAUGGAGGAAGUAGGCAACUGACAGAAAGUGCUGCAAUUGCCUGUGUUAAACUCUGUAAAGCCAGUACUUACAUCAACUGGGAAGAUAACUCUGUCAUUUUCCUGCUAGUUCAGUCCAUGGUGGUUGAUCUCAAGAAUCUACUUUUUAAUCCAAGUAAACCAUUCUCAAGAGGUAGUCAGCCUGCAGAUGUGGAUCUGAUGAUUGACUGCCUUGUUUCUUGCUUUCGUAUAAGUCCUCACAACAACCAGCACUUUAAGAUCUGCCUGGCUCAGAAUUCACCUUCUACAUUUCACUAUGUGUUGGUAAAUUCGCUCCAUCGAAUCAUCACCAAUUCUGCAUUGGAUUGGUGGCCUAAGAUUGAUGCCGUAUAUUGUCACUCAGUUGAACUUAGAAAUAUGUUUGGUGAAACACUGCAUAAGGCAGUACAAGGCUGUGGAGCACACCCAGCAAUACGAAUGGCACCGAAUCCAAGAAAACAGGGGCCUGAAACUCAAGGCAGUACAGCUGAAUUAAUUACAGGGUUGGUCCAACUGGUGCCUCAGUCACACAUGCCAGAGAUUGCUCAGGAAGCAAUGGAGGCUCUGCUGGUUCUUCAUCAGUUAGAUAGCAUUGAUUUGUGGAAUCCUGAUGCACCUGUAGAAACAUUUUGGGAGAUUAGCUCACAAAUGCUUUUUUACAUCUGCAAGAAAUUAACUAGCCAUCAAAUGCUUAGUAGCACAGAAAUUCUCAAAUGGUUGCGAGAAAUUUUGAUCUGCAGAAAUAAAUUUCUUCUUAAAAAUAAGCAGGCAGAUAGAAGUUCCUGUCACUUUCUCUUCCCUUAUGGAGUAGGAUGUGAUGUUCCUUCAAGUGGAAAUACCAGUCAACUGUCCAUGGAUCAUGAAGAGUUAUUACGUCCUGGAGCUUCUCUCCGGAAGGGAAAAGGAAACUCCUCCAUGGACAGUGCAGCAGGAUGCAGCGGAACCCCACCAAUAUGCCGGCAAGCCCAGACCAAACUAGAAGUGGCCCUGUACAUGUUUCUGUGGAGCCCUGACACCGAAGCUGUUCUGGUUGCUAUGUCCUGUUUCCGCCAUCUCUGUGAGGAAGCCGAUAUCCGGUGUGGUGUGGAUGAAGUGUCAGUGCAUAACUUCUUGCCCAACUAUAACACAUUCAUGGAGUUUGCCUCCGUUAGCAAUAUGAUGUCAACAGGAAGAGCAGCACUUCAGAAAAGAGUGAUGGCACUGCUAAGGCGCAUCGAGCAUCCCACUGCAGGAAACACUGAGGCUUGGGAAGAUACACAUGCAAAAUGGGAACAAGCCACAAAACUAAUCCUUAACUAUCCCAAAGUCAAAAUGGAAGAUGGCCAGGCUGCUGAAAGCCUUCACAAGACCAUUGUUAAGAGGCGAAUGUCCCAUGUGAGUGGAGGAGGAUCCAUAGAUUUGUCUGACACAGAUUCCCUACAGGAAUGGAUCAACAUGACUGGCUUCCUUUGUGCCCUUGGGGGAGUGUGCUUGCAGCAGAGAAGCAAUUCUGGCCUGGCAACCUAUAGCCCACCCAUGGGCCCAGUUAGUGAACGUAAGGGUUCCAUGAUUUCAGUGAUGUCCUCAGAGGGAAAUGCAGAUACACCUGUCAGCAAAUUUAUGGAUCGGCUGUUGUCCUUAAUGGUGUGUAACCAUGAGAAAGUGGGACUUCAAAUACGGACAAAUGUUAAGGAUCUGGUGGGUCUAGAAUUAAGUCCUGCUCUUUAUCCAAUGCUAUUUAACAAACUGAAGAAUACCAUCAGCAAGUUUUUUGACUCCCAAGGACAGGUUUUAUUGACUGAUACCAAUACUCAGUUUGUUGAACAAACCAUAGCUAUAAUGAAGAACUUACUAGAUAAUCAUACUGAAGGCAGCUCUGAACAUCUGGGCCAAGCUAGCAUUGAAACAAUGAUGUUAAAUCUGGUCAGAUAUGUUCGUGUACUUGGGAAUAUGGUCCAUGCAAUUCAAAUAAAAACCAAAUUAUGUCAGUUGGUUGAAGUAAUGAUGGCAAGGAGAGAUGACCUUUCAUUUUGUCAAGAGAUGAAAUUUAGAAAUAAGAUGGUAGAAUACCUGACAGACUGGGUUAUGGGGACAUCAAACCAAGCAGCAGAUGACGAUGUGAAAUGUCUUACAAGAGAUUUGGACCAGGCAAGCAUGGAAGCAGUAGUUUCACUCCUAGCUGGUCUCCCCCUGCAGCCUGAGGAAGGAGAUGGUGUGGAAUUGAUGGAAGCCAAGUCACAGUUAUUUCUUAAAUACUUCACAUUGUUUAUGAACCUUUUGAACGACUGUAGUGAAGUUGAAGAUGAAAAUGCACAAACAGGUGGCAGGAAGCGUGGCAUGUCUCGGAGGCUGGCAUCACUGAGGCACUGUACAGUACUUGCAAUGUCAAACUUACUCAAUGCUAACGUGGACAGUGGCCUCAUGCACUCCAUAGGUUUAGGUUAUCACAAGGAUCUUCAGACAAGAGCUACAUUUAUGGAAGUUCUGACAAAAAUCCUUCAGCAAGGCACAGAAUUUGACACACUUGCAGAAACAGUAUUGGCAGAUCGAUUUGAGAGACUGGUGGAAUUGGUCACAAUGAUGGGUGAUCAGGGAGAGCUUCCUAUAGCUAUGGCUUUGGCUAACGUGGUUCCUUGUUCUCAGUGGGAUGAACUAGCUCGAGUUCUGGUUACUCUAUUUGAUUCUCGACAUUUACUGUACCAACUGCUCUGGAACAUGUUUUCUAAGGAGGUAGAAUUGGCAGACUCCAUGCAGACUCUUUUCCGAGGCAACAGUUUGGCCAGUAAAAUAAUGACAUUCUGUUUUAAGGUAUAUGGUGCUACCUACCUACAAAAACUCCUGGAUCCUUUAUUACGAAUUGUUAUCACAUCCUCUGAUUGGCAACAUGUUAGCUUUGAAGUGGAUCCUACAAGAUUAGAACCGUCAGAGAGUCUUGAGGAAAACCAGCGGAACCUUCUUCAGAUGACUGAAAAGUUCUUCCAUGCCAUCAUCAGUUCCUCCUUAGAAUUCCCUCCUCAGCUUCGAAGUGUGUGCCAUUGUUUAUACCAGGCAACUUGCCACUCCCUACUGAAUAAAGCUACAGUAAAAGAAAAAAAGGAAAACAAAAAAUCAGUGGUUAGCCAGCGUUUCCCUCAGAACAGCAUCGGCGCAGUAGGAAGUGCUAUGUUCCUCAGAUUUAUCAAUCCUGCCAUUGUCUCACCAUAUGAAGCAGGAAUUUUAGAUAAAAAGCCACCACCUCGAAUCGAAAGGGGCUUGAAGUUAAUGUCAAAGAUACUUCAGAGUAUUGCCAAUCAUGUUCUCUUUACAAAAGAAGAACAUAUGCGGCCUUUUAAUGAUUUUGUGAAAAGCAACUUCGAUGCAGCACGAAGGUUUUUCCUUGAUAUAGCAUCUGAUUGUCCUACAAGUGAUGCCGUAAAUCAUAGUCUUUCCUUCAUUAGUGAUGGCAAUGUGCUUGCUUUACAUCGUCUACUCUGGAACAAUCAAGAAAAAAUUGGCCAGUAUCUUUCCAGCAAUAGGGAUCAUAAAGCUGUUGGAAGACGCCCUUUUGAUAAGAUGGCAACACUUCUUGCAUAUCUGGGUCCUCCAGAGCACAAACCUGUGGCAGAUACACACUGGUCCAGCCUUAAUCUUACCAGUUCGAAGUUUGAGGAAUUUAUGACCAGGCAUCAGGUACAUGAGAAAGAAGAGUUCAAGGCUUUGAAAACACUAAGUAUUUUCUACCAAGCCGGGACUUCCAAAGCUGGGAAUCCUAUUUUUUAUUAUGUUGCACGGAGGUUCAAAACUGGGCAAAUUAAUGGAGAUUUGCUGAUAUAUCACGUCUUAUUGACUUUAAAGCCAUAUUAUGCAAAGCCAUAUGAAAUUGUAGUGGACCUUACCCAUACUGGACCUAGUAAUCGCUUUAAAACAGACUUUCUGUCUAAGUGGUUUGUUGUUUUCCCUGGCUUUGCUUAUGACAAUGUCUCUGCAGUCUAUAUCUAUAACUGCAACUCCUGGGUGAGGGAGUACACCAAAUACCAUGAACGGCUGUUGACGGGCCUCAAAGGUAGCAAGAGGCUCAUUUUCAUAGACUGUCCUGGGAAACUGGCUGAGCACAUAGAGCAUGAACAACAGAAACUACCAGCUGCCACACUGGCUUUAGAAGAGGACCUGAAGGUAUUCCACAAUGCACUCAAACUCGCCCACAAAGACACCAAAGUUUCUAUUAAAGUUGGUUCUACUGCUGUUCAGGUAACCUCAGCAGAGCGAACAAAAGUCCUAGGGCAGUCAGUCUUUCUAAAUGAUAUCUAUUAUGCCUCGGAAAUUGAAGAGAUCUGCCUAGUGGAUGAGAACCAGUUUACCUUAACAAUUGCAAACCAGGGCACGCCGCUCACAUUCAUGCACCAGGAGUGUGAAGCCAUUGUCCAGUCUAUCAUUCACAUUCGGACCCGCUGGGAGCUGUCACAACCUGACUCCAUCCCCCAGCACACCAAGAUUCGGCCAAAAGACGUCCCUGGGACGUUACUUAAUAUCGCAUUACUUAAUUUAGGCAGUUCAGAUCCCAGUUUACGGUCAGCUGCCUAUAAUCUUCUGUGUGCCUUAACUUGUACCUUUAAUUUAAAAAUCGAGGGCCAGUUACUAGAGACAUCAGGUUUAUGUAUCCCUGCCAACAACACCCUCUUUAUUGUCUCUAUUAGUAAGACACUGGCAGCCAAUGAGCCACACCUCACAUUAGAAUUUUUGGAAGAGUGUAUUUCUGGAUUUAGCAAAUCUAGUAUUGAAUUGAAACAUCUUUGUUUGGAAUACAUGACUCCAUGGCUAUCAAAUCUGGUCCGUUUUUGUAAGCAUAAUGACGACGCCAAGCGACAAAGAGUUACUGCUAUUCUUGAUAAGCUGAUAACAAUGACCAUAAAUGAAAAACAGAUGUACCCUUCCAUUCAAGCAAAAAUAUGGGGAAGCCUUGGGCAGAUUACAGAUCUGCUUGAUGUUGUACUAGACAGUUUCAUCAAAACCAGUGCAACAGGUGGCUUGGGAUCAAUAAAAGCUGAGGUGAUGGCAGAUACUGCUGUAGCUUUGGCUUCUGGAAAUGUGAAAUUGGUUUCAAGCAAGGUUAUUGGAAGGAUGUGCAAAAUAAUAGACAAGACAUGCUUAUCUCCAACUCCUACUUUAGAGCAGCAUCUAAUGUGGGAUGAUAUUGCUAUUUUAGCACGCUACAUGCUGAUGUUGUCCUUCAACAACUCCCUUGAUGUGGCAGCUCACCUCCCCUACCUGUUCCAUGUUGUCACUUUCUUAGUAGCCACAGGUCCACUUUCCCUUAGAGCUUCCACACAUGGAUUGGUCAUUAAUAUCAUUCACUCUCUGUGCACUUGUUCGCAGCUGCAUUUUAGUGAAGAGACCAAGCAAGUUUUGAGACUCAGUCUAACAGAGUUCUCAUUACCCAAAUUUUACUUGCUGUUUGGCAUUAGCAAAGUCAAGUCAGCUGCUGUAAUUGCCUUCCGUUCCAGUUACCGGGACAGGUCAUUUUCUCCUGGCUCCUAUGAGAGGGAGACUUUUGCUUUGACAUCCUUGGAAACAGUCACAGAAGCUUUGUUGGAGAUCAUGGAGGCAUGUAUGAGAGAUAUUCCAACAUGCAAGUGGCUGGACCAGUGGACAGAACUAGCUCAAAGAUUUGCAUUUCAAUAUAAUCCAUCCCUGCAACCAAGAGCUCUUGUUGUCUUUGGCUGUAUUAGCAAAAGAGUGUCUCAUGGGCAGAUAAAGCAGAUUAUCCGUAUUCUGAGCAAGGCACUUGAGAGUUGCUUAAAAGGACCUGAUACUUACAAUAGCCAAGUUCUGAUAGAAGCUACAGUGAUAGCACUAACCAAGUUACAGCCACUUCUUAAUAAGGAUUCCCCUCUACACAAAGCUCUCUUUUGGGUGGCUGUGGCUGUGCUGCAGCUUGAUGAGGUCAACUUGUAUUCAGCAGGUACUGCGCUUCUUGAACAAAACCUGCAUACCUUAGACAGUCUCCGGAUAUUCAAUGACAAGAGUCCAGAGGAGGUAUUUAUGGCAAUCCGGAAUCCUCUGGAAUGGCACUGCAAGCAAAUGGAUCAUUUUGUUGGACUCAAUUUCAACUCUAACUUUAACUUCGCAUUGGUUGGACAUCUUUUAAAAGGAUACAGGCAUCCUUCACCUGCCAUUGUUGCAAGAACAGUCAGAAUUUUGCAUACACUACUGACUUUGGUUAACAAACAUAGAAAUUGUGACAAAUUUGAAGUAAAUACACAAAGUGUGGCUUACCUAGCAGCUUUACUCACAGUGUCUGAAGAGGUUCGAAGUCGCUGCAGUCUAAAACAUAGAAAGUCACUUCUUCUCACUGAUAUUUCAAUGGAAAAUGUUCCUAUGGAUACAUAUCCUAUCCAUCAUGGUGACCCCACCUAUAGGACACUAAAAGAGAAUCAGCCAUGGUCCUCCCCCAAAGGUUCUGAAGGGUACCUUGCAGCCACCUAUCCAACUGUGGGCCAGACCAGUCCCCGAGCCAGGAAAUCUAUGAGUUUGGACAUGGGGCAGCCUUCUCAGGCCAACACAAAGAAGCUGCUUGGAACAAGGAAAAGUUUUGAUCACUUGAUAUCAGAUACAAAGGCUCCUAAAAGGCAAGAAAUGGAAUCAGGGAUCACAACACCACCCAAAAUGAGGAGAGUUGCAGAAACUGAUUAUGAAAUGGAAACUCAGAGGAUUUCCUCAUCACAGCAGCAUCCACACUUACGUAAAGUUUCAGUGUCUGAAUCAAAUGUUCUCUUGGAUAAAGAAGUACUUACAGAUCCGAAGAUCCAAGCGCUUCUUCUUACUGUUCUAGCUACACUGGUCAAAUAUACCACAGAUGAGUUUGAUCAACGAAUUCUUUAUGAAUACUUAGCAGAGGCUAGUGUUGUGUUUCCCAAAGUUUUUCCUGUUGUGCACAAUUUGUUGGACUCUAAGAUCAACACCCUGUUGUCAUUGUGCCAAGAUCCAAAUUUGUUAAAUCCGAUCCACGGAAUCGUACAGAGUGUGGUGUACCAUGAAGAGUCCCCACCACAAUACCAAACGUCUUACCUGCAAAGUUUUGGUUUUAAUGGCUUAUGGAGGUUUGCAGGACCCUUUUCAAAGCAAACACAAAUUCCAGACUAUGCUGAGCUUAUUGUUAAGUUUCUUGAUGCCUUGAUUGACACGUACUUGCCUGGAAUUGAUGAAGAAACCAGUGAGGAGUCCCUCCUGACACCCACAUCUCCUUACCCUCCUGCACUGCAGAGCCAACUUAGUAUCACUGCCAACCUUAACCUCUCUAAUUCCAUGACCUCACUUGCAACUUCCCAGCAUUCCCCAGGAAUUGACAAAGAGAACGUUGAACUCUCCCCUACCACUGGCCACUGUAACAGUGGACGAACUCGCCACGGAUCCGCAAGCCAAGUGCAGAAGCAAAGAAGCGCUGGCAGUUUCAAACGUAAUAGCAUUAAGAAGAUCGUGUGACGCUUUCUUCGUUUCUUUUUUUAAACCAACUUAACAUGGGCUCUUCACUAGUGACUCCUUCUCUGGCCUUGCCCGUCCCUUCAUGUCGUGAUGCUGCACUUCCCAUUUUAUAACGAACCCAUCCGGUCUGCCGUGUUGCCAGAAGAUCAACUCU